AUAUUCGCUCAAAACCGGGCAAACGAGCAAAAGUGGAUUGUCGCGAAAUCUGCAACGACCAAUUUCUUGUAUCGCUUCAUUUGAAAAUUCAGAGAAAUGUGAGACGAACAAAUCCGCCACUGCUAAUUGCAACAUGAGAUACAACAACAAAACACAAAAUUCUCCGACUCGUAAUUCUCAAUCACCAAAACGAAAAAGCUAUUACGUAGCCGCAGACGAAAUUUCCCCGGAUUUAGACAUACUCGACUUCGCAAAGUCAUCUUCGACAGACCCAUCACAUAAUUCUGACGGUAGUUCCACACCUUCGAAUGGUUCUAGUUUGUUUCAAUCGUCACCUUGUUUGCCAAACUCACGCGUAUAUGACGCUUGGGCUGAAGUUGGUGCUGACGGCGGAGUAGUUCAAAUACCCGGAUCUGGUACUAGCUUGCACUUCCUUCCAAAUUUGAAACUCAACGACACAGAAAAGCAUUUAUUAAAGCAAAAAAGCAUGUCAACUUUGGACUUGCAUAGGACUAUUAAAAAUAGUGCAGGAAAUAGCAAGCCCGAAGACAACAUUGACGGUAGAGUUUUCAUCGGGCUGGAAGACCCACCUGACUAUUUGAAUAACGAUACUAGAAUAAUCGUAGGACCUAUGGUGCGCGUAGACUAUGGGAAUUAUGGAAUUAUGUCUUCUGGAGCGGUGUUGCAAAUCGACGUUAACGCUACUGUGAAAUCUUCAGUCGAGAAUGAUUCAACAAUUUGUGAAUUUACUUGUCUUCGAUCAAAUUUUACUGGUGGGGAGUUUAAAGAAAUCAAGGGGUCGUAUUAUCAUUAUGGAAACACUUUGCAAGUUUCAAUUUCUCCCGACAUAACAGAUCAAAUGACAAGGAUUCCAGGAAAUGGAGGAAGCAUGUGUUUGGUCCCGCUUGUUAAGCUGUCUAAAGGUGCGCUGUUGACCGAGCCAUCUAUCUCUGUGUGGGACAAAAUCAGCACCAAAACGUUUUGGGUCGGAAUUUAUGGGCCAAAACGUCCGCACCAGGCUUCAACAUGUUGUGUUUCAAUGUCAUCAGCAAGUACUUCACCUCCUACGUUAUGGAUAAAGAAAAGCAGCAAAAAUAUGUUCAUGCAUUUAUGGUCGUCCUAUCAAGUCGCGUUACAGAAGCCCCAAGAAAUUCAAAUACUUAUACAACCAGAACCAUCAUCAUCGGCAAUUGUUGCGUCAUGUCUUCAGGAUGAAGACGAUUUGAUAGGAGAAAAUGAAAUUAGGACAAAGUCACGAAUAAAUCGCUUGUUUACGAUAAAGUAUCCCAAAGAAGUAAAACGUCCACUACGAGAACGCAAUUCGUCAGAAAGUGACUCCAGUUUGAAUUAUAGUUGCGAAAAACAAAAUAAUCACAAAGAUAAAUUAACUCUAAGCAUUGUAGGUGUUCAUAGUAAAAACAUUCUCAACGAAAUAUGUUUUGUUGUCCCUAAACGUGCGUCUUCAUGUUCCACACCUAUCAAACGUUGGAAGAGAACUAUUUGUUCAGCUCCACCGAAAUCGAUCCAAGGUGGUCGCGUACAAGAUUACAUGUACUUGUGGCAUGAAGCUCAGCGUGAAGCCAAAACAAAAUUACAACCAAUUUCUAAGAUUCCCGGAGCUGACAGGAGAAUCUCAAUCACACGAGUGGCAGUUGCAAUAACUUCUAGAACGAGAAGUAAAAGUGUUUCAGGAAUCGCGCCACACCUUGCCCAGUAUUCACAGUCCGAUAUUAUGCCGAUAUUGAGCAUGAAUACACUGUGGGCGCAUGGAACGAAUCACUAUAAGGAGUGGUACGUCGGCGUCUCUCAAGGAAAAGUCGGUUUAAUCCAUACAAAAUGUGUUCGAGUGUUCGAUACAGAUCAAUGCUACGACGGAAUGGAGGGAAGAAUUUCCGUUUCUGAACUAGUUGAAAACAUCAUCGAACCCGUUGGAUCUCUCAAAUAUGACUAUGCAUCAUUCCGAGAGAAACUUCUGGAGCAUGUGGAUGACUGGACGAUUUUUGGCUCGAACCUACAAUUUGGAGAAAACUAUAUUACCAGAGUAUGUCGAGGGAUGAAAGAUGAUUCAAAGCGGGAAACGCGGGAUAAACUUUCACUGUUCUUAGAAAGAUACAAGGAUUAUUGUGACACCGGACCACGAAAGAGAUUAUUUCAUAAAGAAAUAAUCAGGACUCUUUUAUAUAUGGAGCAAUAUGACCUCGUCACUUCAUUGAUAGCAGAUUUUUGUUUUCUGACUUUAUCCACCGAAAUCGGUGAACGUUGGGGCGGACUUCUCACUAUUCUCGACGGAACGAAAUCAUUAUGCCGCGGUAAUGACGUCACAAAUGGGAAAUGGCGAAGCAAAUCUCUUUCUGACAAAAAGAAGUUACAACACAAGAAAUCAGGAGCUGUUACCUGCGAUAAAGAAAUAGACCGUACGAAUCAGAAUAUCUGCAAGCAGGCAAUAAAGUAUCUUUCAAUAUGGAGACAUCAAUUCAAUAACAAUCAUAUAAAAGAAUUAAUAAACUUACAUCACGCUGUCGACGAGCUUGAGGAAUCACCGAACAGAACUUCAAGAUUUUUAACCUCAGCAAUAAUUCUUAUAUUUUCCAUCGAAUCGUUAAGAAAACGGAUAUUAUAAAAUAAAUCAUGAAUUAUUUUGCAAUGUU